AUGAUAACUUGUGUUGGCUGGAUCAGGAGAGGAGUUGCGAAAGCAGUCCCUGAUAAGGUAGGCAUCCCCAAUUUAUCUUCAUUUGCCAAGUGAUAAUAGCUGGACACGUUGUGGAAAAGGUUGUGGUCAUUCUUGUUGGUGAAUCACUUUAACGAGAAUCUAAUUAUUGUUUUUUUACCCUGGUUUGCAUUGCUGGAUAUGCACCCACUCGGUUUUCCUAUUCACAAACGGUAGAAUUUGGUCAACUUUUUUACAGUCGAUGCUCAACUGUUCAUUUACAGGUAAUUAAGUUAGUUUUAUUUACCUCCCAACUUCAAUAUGUUUUCCAAUAAGAGGAAAACGGUUCAUGGGCCAUAGAUCUGAACUCACUACAUCCUUAAGGAACAGCAGUUUUAAGUUUUGAUUCUCUUGUGAUGAGGUCGAGUACCUUGAAACCACGGCAAAUUUACGUGCUAGCCCUCGUCAAGAAUUUUUUUUCAUGCAGUUAGUGUUCUCUUUUUGAUGGGAUAAUUUAUUUUUAUCAAAUGAAUUCAUAACGUAAGUUGGCCAUGGUAAAGAGUAGUUAUUGGUGGGAAUAUGGUGACGAGAAAACAAGAAUAAAUUAAUCAAAUGAAAAGCAUUUGUUGAUACCUCAGGGAUUAAGUGUACCAAUUUGAAAGAUAAAUUUUUGUUCUGGAGUUUUGAGGUGUUUUGAACUGCCUAGAUGUAGGUAAAGGCUGCAAGCUGCCAUAUGCUACUUAGAUUGGUUUGGUAGAUUAAACACUAUCUAGUGAUUGGUUUGGAUGCAUUUUUGUCGUCUCUCUCAAUGUCACAAGGGUGUUUUUGGAAUCGGUCACCCAAUAGUCUUCCUGUUUCACGAAAGUAUAACUUUUUAACUAAUAGUGUUCCUCCAUUUUCUGCAUCGAAACACACACACAACCCACAGUUCCUCCAAUCGUUCCUAUGAAGGGCUAACACGCAAAAUGUCAGCUUUUAACUCUUUAUGGUGGCCAAUUUAGGUUAUCAACUCAGUUGAUAAUACUAAAUUACCUUGUUACACUAUCCUACCAAUGCAGCACCACAGUUUCUUUAGAAACUUACCCCUCUGUUCUCUUUGAGUCAAGGGGUAUCACAAAGCACUUGAUUCCUAGUCCGAUGGAAAAUAGUUUUUUUUCCCUCACAUCUCCAUGCCUCCAGAAGCUUUAUCCAUGGGGAACAGCUCUUUUUUUCACUGGGAGCCAAGCAUUUAUUGGUUAUUAGGUUAUGUAAAACCAUUGUAAGGAAAUCUUAUCAUUAAAAUCAGUCUUUCUUCACACAUCAACUUUGCUCUUUACUGUUACCCUUUAUUUAUAAACAGUCAUUCUUAUGUGUGAUUUAUGUAUAUAUGACUAAAUAACUUAAUACCAACAUCAAACAUGACUUUGCAUUUGCUUUCUGACUCUGAGUAGGAGAAAUCAGUGAUUCAUUUAUUUAUAAUUGACGGACUUCUACAAUAUGUGCUGCAUUGAAAGUUUAACAUCUAUUAUUUUUGUUUGUCAGGUUGCCUUGUCUAAAGAAGAAAUUCAGGAGAUCAUAGAUGAAGCUAAAGAAAAGUUGAGGUACUUCUAGUACAAUCUUUAAAGGAUAUUUAAAGACCUACACUUUUUGCCUCUCCCUUCAUCAGCCAUAAUCACCAACAAUUAAAAUAGUAAACUGAGGCAUUGUCACAAAAUAUACCUUUGAUAUCACUGCAUCUCUUAAGUUAUUGUUAAUUUCAAUUAUUGAUCUUGAGUGCUUCCCAUUUUUAAUUUUUCAACCUGAACUUUUCUAUCCUCAGAGAAAAAGAAGAAGAAGAGAAUGGAACAGAAGGUGGUGAUGGGAAACAGGAUGAGGAGGUCAGCAAGGCAAAGCACAAAACAAAGAAAAGCAGAGAUGACGAUAAGGAUGAUGAGAAUGAUGAGGAUGAAGAAAUUUCAGACUUGUAUGAUCUAGCACAUUAUGACAGUGAUGAAGAUGUGGAAGGUAAUUGAUAUAGAAAUUCUUGCUUUGCCUCAUGAGAGCCUUUUUUUAGUAUUUCAGGAGAAUCGUACUAUGAUUUUUAGAUUUAGUCUCAAUAAGCUACCUGAUUGUAACAUGAACUGACAUUUAUAUCAGCUGAAUGCUUUGUUUUUUCUUAGGGGAGUUAAUGUCUGGGGCAGGAAUGGCUGGUGUAACAUACUUUGCUUCAAACAAGGAUGAUCCCUAUAUUACUCUGGCAGAUCCAGUGAGUCAAAAUUCUAUAACUGGUUAAGACAUUUAUUAAAUUAGUUUCUCCAGUUAUGAGCACUCAUUUAUUACACAGUUUUCGUAAUAGUGUUUGAAGUAAACAUGGAGACAGAGGCUCAAUUGGCAAAUUGUAUGUAAAAACCCAGGCAUGGUGGGAGAUAAGUCCAUUUGUAGGUGGUGGUUACUAGUACUAUAUCAAUUCACACCUAACUUUAGUUGCUUUUACUUGCCAAACAUUUGCUUGUUCACCUAAAAAACAGGUAAUAACAGUUGGGAUAUAACAUACUAAAAAACAGUUUUAGGCAAAUCAUACAGUAUCACCAAAGAUACAAUUACAUUUGUUUUAAACUUAUUUGAGGAGAUUAAAUGAAUUAAGGCAUUGAGUAUCCAAAUCAGGAAAUGCAAUAUAAGUAAGGAACUUGUAUUAAAUUCUGCUUGAGUUUAUGACAUUGAUUUUUAAACCUUUGCAGUUCAUAUUUUGAACUGAAUGAAAUGAUCUUGUGAUUAAAGUUGACAAAGUUGAUCUGUUGAUAUUUCUGUAGUUGUGUUAGUAGCAUCACUUGUUCUUAACCAUCUCAGUAGUGGUGGUUAAUUGACAACACAAAUUUUGUAAGGCCUGGGGUAGGUAUGUAAUCAGUAUUUUCAUCAAUUUUUUUUUUCUUCAUCAAGGUUUUUAAUAACUUUAUCUUUGUUACAUUCAAAGGAUCGGGAUGAAGAUGAAGAGGAAGAUUUUAAUAUUAAACCAGAUGACAAUUUAUUAGUUGCUGGGCAUGUGGAUGAAGACUUAAGUUCUCUAGAGAUUUCAGGUGAUAACUGUAACUGCAAAAAGGUUUCCUUGUGUUUCUUCUAACUUUUGUCUGUUUUUUUCUCCUUUACAUUUUAAAAUAAUAAUUUAUUUAACCAAAUCAGUCUAUUUUUUUACUUAGAAAUUCAUAUUUCCUUUGAUUUUUUUUUCUUUCAACUUCAUUUCUUGGUCUGUUAUAAUAUUAUUUUUAGCAUUCAUUUGUAUAUUUUUGCAAUAAUUGUUUAUUUGUUCAUACAUCAAUUCCAUUCAAUGUCAUCUAUAUUCAUCCUUUAAAAGUGUUUUUAAUUUGGGUUUGUGUUUUCUCCCAGUUUUUAAUGAGGAGGAGGGAAGUCAGUAUGUUCAUCAUGAUAUUAUACUUGAGGCAUUUCCUCUCACUAUUGAAUGGUUGGACUAUGAUCCUGAAGAUACCAACAAGCCAGGUACAUGUGUCAUGAAGGCAUGCGAAAGAAAUUGUUUUCUCAAAAGUACAAUAUUUCAAGAUCCUCAAAAAGGUCUUGAAGCAACUUGAUCCUCAAUUCUUGAUCUUCAAUUCUUGUUACUCAAUACUCCAGCCUGGGUUCUUGAUCCUUGGUCCUCAAUGCUCGAUAAUUUUGAGUAUUGAGGAUUGAUUUUUGAGUCAAGACUGUCAACUGUUUUUGAAUGGUACUGUAUGUUCACUGAUUUUUCUGAGAAGUUUCAACUUCUUUGACUUUACUAGACAUGCAUCAUUACUUGCUUUCUCGAAAAAAAAAAUGUAGAGAAUGCGCUAAGCUUUAGAAAAGAGGCGUUGUCUAAAUUCUAAAAUGAUCAGUGAACUACAGUUUACCCAUAUGUAAGUGGUUGUUUGUUUUUAUAAUCUCAUAUAAUUAAUUAAGAGAUAAAACAUGAAAAUUACAGUGAACUGCAAAAAUUGAAUCUCUCAUCAUCAGCUUUCAGCCAUUUUUUGACAAAUUUUUUUUUUGUGAGUUUAUCUGUAAAUAAAAGUUCAUUGCCCUUUUCCUAUGGGGUUGAUUUAAGGCUCAAAGGAAAAGUGGAUGAAGGUAAAGUUCAUAAUUGCUGUUUGCAAGUUGUUGUCAGGAAACCUAUUAAUUAAGCUUCAACCCACUAAUCAGUGUUGUCCUCCUGUAGCAAACUUUGUUGCUGUCGGAACAAUGGAACCUUAUAUAGAUAUCUGGGAUAUUGACCUGGUUGAUACCAUGGAACCUGUGGUUUCACUGGGAAGGAGAAAACGGAAAAAGUCAAAGAAGGUCAGGAGUCAUUGUCUAGAGCUGAUUAUUGAUUAUUAGAAUCAAAACAUAAUGAAGUGAUGUUAGCAGGCAAUCACCAACAGGAAUAAUCAAAACCAUCUAUGGAAGUUUUGAAAUGUUUAUUAAUCUUGAAUUUAUGGACUAGGUUUAUUUUAUUUUAUUUUUUUUGUAAACUUGUUGUAGAGACAUUUCAUAGAGUUUGGUUUUCUUGUUACAUUAAAAUGUUUGUAUUAAGCUUUCUUAACUGCUUGAACUUCUUAGCAACUGUAUUGAGAGAAACUGAGUCUAAUUUGUACUCAAAAUUUGCAAGGAUUUAGUCUCUUCCUAAAGGGGCAUUGUUGCAUUGUACUUGUUCAAUGCAAAUCUUGCAAGAAAACAGAGUGCGAACAGUCCAGCAACAUUAUGAGAAGAGCCACUGACCAAUUCAGGGUAAAAUGCUUAGUGCAUGUGACAAAAUAUGUCUGUCCACUUUAUACUAGAAAUCAAGAAAUUCGGAGGAAGGACACUCUGAUGCAGUUCUUGACUUAUCUUGGAAUCAUCUUGUAAGGUAUACACAACAGAAAUUAAACUUGAUGCUUUUGUUGUGAAAGCUAUUUCUAAAAAUGUGAUUUUCAACUUGAAUGCUGUAGGAAUGUUUUGGCCAGUGCCUCGGCUGAUCACUCUGCUAUUUUGUGGGACCUUUCCCAGCCAAAACCUGUCCACGCAUUGAAACAUCACAAAGACAAGGUUAGGUGUUUUCUUGUUGUAAAUUACUGUACAAACCAGAGUGGACUAUUGAUGAGGAGAAUAUCAGUUAAAGUGGUGAUCAGAUUUUUUAAUUUGUGGAUUUUACAUGAAAUGUAGUUGCUGGUCAAUUGACUUUGCUGUGAAAAAAUAUUUGACUUUGCUUGAAAAUAGUUUGGGACAAUCACUGGAUAGUUUUGAGUUAGUGUGAACGUUGAUUUCUUGGUGUCUAUACAUUUGUUUAUUCAAGUAACAUGGAGGAUUGCCAGGAAAUAGUUAUAGAAUGAAAAUUAGUCAGAAUAUGGAAUUUUGGUUUGUAGAGGAAGAAAAUUGAAACAUUUUUGCAUGGUGUUAUUUAUUUGCAUUCACCUCUUUCACUGAUUUGCUGCCUUGCACACAUGUUUAUGUAUAUAGGCUUCAAUUCUUUUGCAGUCACCUCCUAAACCAAUAUGUUGCUGAAAACUCUUCCAUUCAAAUGUGUUACAAUAACAUGUGACAAUUUUGUUGUACAUGUAGGUGCAGUCAUUACAGUGGCAUCCAUAUGAAUCACAAUCAUUACUUACAGGUUCCUUUGAUAAGUGAGUAUUAUCUCAUGGAACGUUCAGAGUUUUAAAGGAUUGAAUUUAAAGAGUGGGGAUGAGUCGUGAUUUCCUCUGGUGUAUGUACCAGUUAGCACGUUUUCUAGUACUAGUGUGUAUGUCUGUCAUGUCAUUGUUAUGUUGCACAGUUUCUUCUGGAAUAAGUAGCUGAGAGGAAGCCAAAAUAGUGAUUGUACAUGAGAGAUAAUGUACAUUACUUUUAGUACAAUUUAUCAAUUACCAGAGAGGCUUUCAUGUUGGUAAAUAAAUUAUUUGGUGCUCUUGUGUUCACAGAAAGGCCAAAGUGGUUGACUGCAGAAGUCCUGAGGUAAGUUCUGCCAUAGACCUACAGUUGGUAUAGUUUCAUUGGUGUUGUUGACAACUCCUGUCAUUCACCUUUUCGAAAGAAUCUGUGGCGGAAGUACAGCUUGGAUAACUCAGAAAGACGAUCUUCAUAGCAAAAGGAAGGACUUUUUCUUAGAGCCAUUUGUUUAAAAUAAACCAAACUUUGCAACUUACGGAAGGUUUUCUCCUAAUAUUAAGAAACUAUUUCUUUUCCCAGAGUAACAUUAAAUCUUGGAAAUUUGGUGCGGAGGUGGAAAGAGUUCUGUGGAAUCAUUUCUCACCGUACAAUUUUUUAGUAAGUAACCUUACAAUUUCGUAGAUAUUGUAUCAUACCAAAGGGUUCUUUGUGAGCUGCACUACUUAAAUCAUAACCUAGUUUUCCUUAUCCCGUGUGAUUUUUCACGCCAUAUUCUCAAGACUGAAACUGAUAGCGCAAAUAAUGAGUACUUUAAGAGUUGCUUCUUUAGCAUUGCGUUCUGUUCUGAGGUUGUUGUCGUGUUCUCGAGUAGUACGAGCUAGCUGUAAAUUUUUCCAGACUUUCAGUUACUAGACAGAGCGACUUGGUAGCACAAAGCAAACAAAGGCGAGGUUUGGGAAUGUGUUACGUAGAAGCCGCCUUGUCCUCCCGCCUUCUUUUUCUCUGAGAUACUAUUGCGCUCAGACUAACAGAACAGUCUAAACAAUUUCCACAAUUUCCUUGUUCUACUUAAUCGGUAUCAUGGUGUUUGUACAGAUCAGCACGGAAGACGGUCACGUGUUUUGCUGUGACGUCAGGGCGGAUGGCCCAGUGUUUACUCUCAAAGCGCAUGAUAAUGCGAUACCAGGUGAAGUUCUCAUGGUUCUGUAAAAUUACUAUGACGCGAUGAGAGAUGUUAUCCUGUAGCAAUUUCGAGGCCUUUUUGUUGAAAACAAAAGCAGUUUUCCUGUUUUGCGCUUUUAGCGGUCAGGGUCUGUAGACUUGUUUAACUACUUUGAUAGCAAACUUUGAUGUUUGUUGUCAAAAUCAAAGACAAAACUAGAGGACUGGUCAUUAUUCCUCCCCCCUCCCUCCCUCCCCGAGGGGAUCGUUGGAUUUUGGUUUUGUCACAAUAAAAUUUACCAAACCACCCCUAAGGCUUUGUAGUAUUGAAACGAUCCCCCCUCUUUGGCAGUCAAUUUACUACAGUUCCCUUUAUACUCUGUUAGCGACGACUGAUUCUCCCUCCGUUCCCUUGAAAAUCAUGUGUUCCUCCCCCCAAAAUGAAUCCUCCGAUCCCCUCCCCAUCCCCUCCCCAGGCAAUAAUUAAUGACUGGUCCUCAGUCCCAGUCCUGGUACCGUGGGGUGUUACUUGACUUUUCAUUGGCUCCUUGAGAUGUUUUUCAAAUCAUUUGUUAGUUUUACUACGCCCAAUUGAUAUGUGCUGUAUUUGAACAAACUCUACAUGCAAAGUCACUCAUUUGAGCAAUUUAUAUUCUUUCUCAUUGCGUUUCAAGGUCUCGCACUAAGCAGCCAGGUACCCGGAUGUCUUGUCACUGCGUCAGCUGAUGAGACUGUCAAAGUCUGGGACAUACAGGUCGGGUGAUAAGUGAGAGUUAAUUGGUUUGUUUCGCGAUUUAGAUUUGCUUGCAAUUGUAGAUCGCAAUAUUUUAUCCCCAUUAGUUACCUCAGAGCCAAAAGUUCAUUUGAAGGACGCUUGGCAAUAAAUAACAAUCAAAGGAACUAACUAAAGUAAUUAUUGAUCAAAAAUGAAACGUUUUUGGAAUACAAAGUCAUGCGAACACAAAAAAGGUAUCCAGCUGUUUCAAAAAAAAAAGGGCAAAAGCGAACGCAACAAUCUCGAAAGAUAAUUUGGUUACCCGAUAAUCAGUGAAUUCUAGUAAGUGAAAUAAAUUAAUAAAUUUAUCAAACUCGCGAUGCCUUGUCCCGACGUCCUUACGUUUUCUCAGAUUUCUCUAAAAUCCUGAGGUCAAGGAAAUCCGUGACCUGAAAACUACUCACAUUACCUUUUGGGUUUUCUCGUGCAUCUUUAUGCUUUUUUCCGACAACCUUGCUCGAAACAGCUGUAUCUAAAUGCUUCGCCCAUACUAAAGUAACAGUGAAAGAUGUUAGGUCAAGGUGUUGGUCAAGCGUUUUACUUGAAAUGUCGCUUUCUGUCAUUCACAAUGAGUCAUCCCUGUCUUUCAAUACUUUUUUUUUACUUCGUCUUUCUCUAUAUUUCCCAAUAUUUUUUAGGAUAACAAACCAUCAUUUGUGGCUUCCAGAAAUCUUCAAAUUGUAAGUAAAGUUGUAGAUCUAAAGAUUAUUCAUUCCGUAGUAUUGAAGUUUAACUGAUAGUCUGAAAACUACUUCUAGGGUAAGACUUCUUUCAUUUUUUUCAGGGAGGAAUUCUUCAUACCCAAUGUUGUCCUGACUCCCCAUUUGUCUUCAGUUUUGGUGGCGAGAAACAAGGUUUAAGAGUUGUUGAUUUUACUGAGAGCAACCUAGGUAAUUAUCUAUCAUUUGCUGUUUUAUACAAGUGUUACUCGAGUUUAUUCAUUAGCAAUUGUGGUUCCCGGGCGCUUAUUACUUACAUUAUAAUCUAACUUAUAUUUAGCCAGUCAAACGAUCUCUUGGACAGUCUUAAAGGGCCGGUUAUUUAAACAAAGUUUAGCCGUUGUUUUACAAAACUGCGUCCUGCCAUUUAAACAAUUUUCAAUUUAGCUGAACCUUUUCAUCUGAAUACUUAUUUAAGUGAACAGUGCGAAGAAGGCCGAAAGCUAACAGUGGAAGGGCAUUUAUUUAAUUAAAUUAUUAUUAUUUCCUCCGUCCUUUUAAACAUGACCAUUAUAUCAAGACCAAAAAGGCCUCAGCUGCAGCUCACGAUAUCUACUUGUGUGCUGACACUAAACGUGUUGCAGCGUAGUCACCUCUGAUGAGCAUCGCUUUUGUCAUAAGAAAAACUCUUCUAUUUUUGCACUUUUGACACCAAGAUGACGAGUUUCAAGAGUUUUUUGUAUAGGUAAGAAUAUGACUUCGAGUGAAAUUUGGUGUUAAUUGGCACGAGUAAAUUUUUCAAAGACAACAAAAUUGCACGAACCCGUUGGGCAAGUGCAAUUUGUAGUCUGUGAAAAAUUAACAAGAGCUUAUUACCCCAAACUGCAGAGAAAUCAUGUUCUUACCUGUUAGUAAUAUACACGAAAAAGGAUGUCACCGAAAGUCAAGACAGACGAAGUUUUGAAAGCGUAAGCGCGCCAUUUGUAAUUUUUCACUCGCGUUUAUGAGAAUGCACUCGUUCAAGCCAAUCAGAAGCGCGUAUUUUUUUAAUGUAUAUUAUUAUUUAUGAUAGGGGCCAGUCAUUUGUUUUUGCUAUGGCAACCCCAUGUAUAAUUUAUGUACUUUUUUUAUUCAUUAUUGCUUCAAAAGCUGAUCAGUGUCGAAGCUGAAAACUUAAUCAAGGCAUUGCACUUUUAAGUUUGUAAAGUAUUUUCCUUUAUUUGCUCUGUGCAUAAUCUCGCUUGAACGAGUCUGAUUGUGUCGUAGUUCGUCGGCAGUUUGCAUCAAGACAGAGACUGGUACCCACAACUAACAAAGCACCAGGGGCAGAAGCUGUAGAGCCUGCGCCCGAGGUAUGAACUUUGGUUUUUUCCUUUCCUCCCGGAUCAUUGUACUUGUGGAUGUAAAUUCGUUCAUUUCUUUUCAGGUUCCAGAACCUGUGGAAUCAGUGGAGGAAGUAAGCCCUGAGCCCAUGGAAGACGAGACAGCGGCUGAAGCCAUGGCAGCUUUGAGCCUUGGUGCCUCGAUGAGCAGCGGGCAUUCAAAGAAGAAGAAGAAGAGAAAACGACGAAAAUAACGUGGUUAUUAAGGCAAUAGCCAGAGACUUUUUCGAGAUGUGGACGAAAAUAACCUGGUUAUUUUAGGCAAUAGUCAGAUACUUUUUCGAGAUGUUGACGGAAAUGAAUUUAUUUCGUACACAUCCAAACAGUCAGGGUGGAUAACGCAAGUUAGCGGUAAACGUCUGUCGUCGACGUUUGCAAAGUCAAAGGCAUCGGUUGAGUGGCGGAAUGAUUUACUUUUAUGGAGUAUUUUUAUUUGCAGUUGGCAUCGUCCACAGCUUCAUGAUGGCCAUUUUCACAAUCACUCUAUCCGUUUUUAUUUUCUUCAAAACUUUUGACAAGAUAUUUUACAAAUUGCGUAUAUCAAUGAUCACUGGUGCUUUAAUUUUCUGGCGACAGACUUUAUAAGAAAUUCUGCUGGAAAGGAUCUGUCAACUCAGUAAAAGGCAUUUGAACUUCCGAUAUGGAAGAUGUUUCCCUCUCUUAGAAAUAGCAUUAUAAGUCAAUGAAACAUAACUCUCAUGCAGUAUUUCGGUAAAUAUUCUGUACAUUUUUACUGAACUCGUAAUUAUAACGUCACUUCUUUGAUUGGCGUAUUAAUCACGUGCAAAUAGGGGAACAGUCAUGUAAUCACUGUGUCGUAUACCAAAGCUGAAUUUUGGUGCAGUUGGUUUGUUGUACACAACCUGAAAAACGAAACAAAGAGCAAUCUUAGUAGAAGUUAAAACCUUCUUAACUUUCAACACCUGAAUCAUAAUUCUCCUUUCUACCUGCGUUACGUGAGUCAAGAGACAUUUUAUUCAAUCUAGACAGCAGAUCUAUUGUUCAAUUGAGUGUCCGGGAUGGCUUUACCUUACGUUGCUGUGUGACUUGUCAAGAAAUCUCGCGACACUUUCUAAACCAAUUAGGUUCAAAACUAAAACCCAUCGCAACUUGGUCGCUCGCGCUUUCCGCUCUCCUGGCAGUUUGCCUGUUUUUUCUUUAAGUUCUUAUCGCGCUCAAUCGAAAUGCGCUCUAGCGGUAACACCUCAGUCAGUCGUAUUCAAUUCAGAUAACUAUAACACUAGCUUCCUAAAUUCUUACCUAAACUCUCUCUAAUUCACUAGUUUUCUCUAUGGUUUUAUCGAAAUUGUAAGGAGACAAUUCAUGAUUUGCUCUUCAAAAGAUUUAAUAGCUAAGGCGGGUAGUCUGACCCUGAGUCCGCGAAUCUAUCCUAUAGUUAAUUAAUUCGAGUGACCAUGAAUUACUCUCUGUUAGUGUUUUUGUUGAUAGGGAACCAGUGACCAUAAGUGAGUUUAUCUACAGUAAGAUAGAUGUGCACAGAAAGGCGGCGUUAGAAAAGUAGAUUUGUCUCUCCUGUGAUAUUUGUCGACUCUUGCAACUAUCGAACUAUUGCGAAGUAGAAAGGGUCCGUUUCUAUGCAUGGUGCCAGGCAAUACUGGGUUUAAACAAAUUUAUGGAAGUUAUCUUUCAGACAUUGGACUAGUGGCAGAUCCAAUUAACUUAGUUAAACCACCAUUAUACUAAG